AUGUUUGAAAAAGAUUGUGUUUGGAAGAACUACGUGUGGCUUGAUCCCUCAAUAAGGAAAGUCUCGGUCUUGAGUAAGUGGGCUCGGCAUCAGUGUGAUGUCGGAAUUUCCACAGGAUUCGUCUCGAGUUCUGAGGAAUUCGAGUGCCUUUUGAAUAUGGGUCUGUUCACCCGUUUUGUGUUUGCUCCUGUGAUGGAAGGGCAAAGUUCCACAUUGCCUUGA